AUGUCUUCUCUCACUACAAACCCCAACAUCAGUCGAACAUUGGUAGAGAAGAAGCCUUCUUCAAUUCAAAACCCUCUAUUUUCUUCAUCACCAUCGUCAUACAAAAAUCAUCAGAGACAUUCAUCAUUUCAAAAACAACAUCCUAAUACUCUAUUAGAUCACACAACUCUUUCAUCUCCAACAAAAUCAACAGCAAGCAAAGUCGAAAUGAAUGCAAGCUUUCGGUCGUUAUCUCCACAACAUAAACUUUUCUCUGUGCUCAACGAGCUCGAUACGGAACGAGAGAAUGAGCUGAGAGAGAUGAUUGACAUGAUAGAAGAUCCAGCCAUUGAUGAGUUUCCAAGCAUUCAAGAGCCAAAAACUUCUUCUAGUAUCGGAAAUCUUUUGCCAUCAUCUGGAAAUUCAUCGAAAAGCGGUUUUUCAGAAGAAUUGCUUGCAACACGGCCAUCUCCGAUUAGUAAAGUAGAUAUUCGAGAUGAAAAAGAAAAUCAUGACUCAGAGUUACCAUCUGAGAAUAUUGUACCUGAACAUGCUCUUCCAAUUUGUCCUUCAGUUGACAAUGAAAGAUUAAUGCAAUAUUUAUCUUCUCUCAAAAUUGAUUUCGAAGAAUCCGUUCGAGUUAGAAACUCAUUACUGGAGAAACAAGAAGAAUACACUUCGACCAUCCGAGAUUUAAAUAAUCAGCUUGUUAACUACAAAGAAAGAGUGAGAAAAUAUGAAGAAUUCUUUGCACUCUCUAGAUCGAAUACAUCAUUGGAACAGUUGAGAGGAGAACUGCUUCAACAAAAAUCUCAAGAAUUAGAAACAUGCCGUAACGAGUUAAGGAGCAUGCACGAUAAAUGUAAUGUGCUCACGACCGAACAUGAGGACAUCAAAUCUCAGAAAAAUAUCAAAAUCAAAUCUCUGGCCAAUGAGGUGCAAAGAUUGUCACAACUAUUGUCACAAUCAGAAACAUUGCUAUCUUCUCGAAAUAAUACCAUCAGAAAUCUUGAAGAAAAACUCUCCGCAUUGAAAUCAAAAUAUUUAAUUAAUCAAAAUAAGAUUGACGAAUUUGAUGGAUUUACAUCAAAAUCUCAAGAAAAAGUAAUUUCUUUAGAAAGGACGAUAGAACAACUGAAAAGAGAAAAAGCUGAACUUGAUAAAAGAGCCAAAGGAGCCGUUGAAGAUUUAAAUAUUAUUAAGAAAGAGAAAUCUCAGAUCGAGAAAAAUUUCUUUGAACUAAAAGCGACCCUUGAAGACUAUCAAGAGAGGUUAAAGAGAGCAGAAGAUGCAUCUCAAAGCAAAGUUGUAAUUGAGGAUUAUUCGAGAUCUGUUUCUGAAUCUUUUCAAUUUAAAUUACAAAAGUUGAGAAAACAACAUGAAGAAGAAAUGUCAAGAACAUGUGUCGAGUACGAAGAAACGAUCCAAAAUCUUAGAGCUAUGCUACAAGAAAAGUCUCAUGAAAAGAAGAUUACAUUUGACAUGGGAACUCAAGCAAUGACAAUAACCGUUGAUAAUUCCUCCCAAACAUCUGAUUUACCACUAAAUGACACUCAAAAGAAAGAGCUGCAAAAACUCGUCGAGGAAGUCAAGAGGUUAAAUGUGAAAUGCUCAAAAUUGGAAAAUGAGAAUACUGACUUAAUUCAGACUCUCGAAAAAGAAAAACAUGAAUUUGAAAUGGAAAAACAACGAAUACUCUCUGAAAAAUAUUUAGAGAUUGAAACUCUAAGCUCUAAUAUUGGAAUGCUUGAAGGAAAUCAUGAAAAUACAAUCAACUCUCUCAAAAACCAGGUUUCUUCCUUAGAACAGAAACAUUCAGAGUUAUUUAUUUUCACAAAUCAACUUAAAGAGCAAUUGGAAAGAAAAGAAAAAGAAAUUGAAGAAUUGGUGAACGAUAAAAACAAAUCUCUUCUAACUCUACGACAACAAAUGUCCAAGGAUAAAGAGUUUGCAAUAAGAAGUGAAUGCGAAAGAAUUUACAAGGACAAAAACAAGCAAAUUGACGAAAUGAGAGAAAGAAUAACCCAGCUGGAAGAAAAAUCACUCAAAGAAGACAUUCAGUGCAAAAAGCUAGAACAAUUGAAUCAAUCCUUUAAGAACAGAAUUGAGGAACUCAAAAAUGAUAUUAUCGAACUUCAACAUGCCAAAGAAGUGAGCGAAAAAAAGGCAAAUGAUUACGAUCGAGUUUACAAGCAUUGUAUCAAGUACAAGAAAAAUUUAGAUCGUCUAAAGAAGGAAUUUGCAUUGCUAGUUCCAAAGUGUGAACGAUUGGAAGAGAGCGUAAAAUUUUUAAGAAAUGAGAAUACGGAAUUGAGGAGAAGACAAUCCUCAGUGGAUUAG